AUCUCAUCUCGCGAGAUGUGACGAAAUUUCGGGUGAGUGAGCCGGGAGGAACCAAGGAGCUGGACAUUUAAACGGCGAUCCGGGACUUCAGUCUGUGUAAUGGAAAGCAGGAAGGUUGGGAGGAGCUGUUCUUAGUUUUGAAUUACAAUGCACGGGCGCAUUAAAGUUAAGACUACUUUGGAGCAGCAAGAGGCAAAGCGGAAAGAGAGAGAAAAGAAGCUCCAACUGUAUGUGAGCGCAACACAAGCUGCUUUGCACAAGCGAGAAACUGGGCAACUUGAUAAAGAAGCUCUUGAUCUGACUGCCCAGAUAUUGGCACUGAACCCAGAUUUUGCUUCUCUAUGGAACCUGAGGAGGGAAGUAUUUCUUCAGCUUCAGACUGAUCGGUCAGAAGAAGAGAUGCAAUCUCUUUGUUUGGGAGAGCUCACCUUCCUUGAGAACUGCCUUCGUGUAAGCCCAAAGUCAUAUGGGACCUGGUAUCACCGAUGCUGGAUUAUGAAGAUCAUUCCUAAACCAGAUUGGGCACGGGAAUUGACACUCUGUAACCGAUUUCUUGAAAUUGAUGAGCGAAACUUUCAUUGUUGGGAUUACCGGAGGAUUGUUACACAGUCCUCAUCUGUUCCACUCCCUGAAGAGCUUGAAUUUACUACUUCUCUAAUUGGCAAAAACUUCUCAAACUAUUCUUCCUGGCAUUACCGUAGCAAACUAUUGCCACAGAUCCAUCCAGACCCACUUAGAAUUGGUAGAGUUACAGAAGAGGCCCUGCUAAAUGAGCUAGAACUUGUACAGAAUGCAUUCUUUACUGACCCAAAUGACCAGAGUGCUUGGUUUUAUCAUCGCUGGCUUCUUGGACGAGCGGAUCACCCAGUUUCCAUUCGAUGUGUUAUGGUCAGUCUGGAUGAACCGUGUGUGUCAGUAACAUUCUCUCACCCAGUCGAAGUUCAGGAGGAUUUGAUUCUGUUUCUUAAUAAUAGACCUAUUUUUGUUUCAUGGAGAACUGCUGGGAGAAAAGAAAAGAGAAGUUUAUUUUGGGUGUGUGACCUUCCCAAAGAAUGUAUUAAUGACCCCUGUUGCCAGUACAAUUUCCAGGUCCUCUGGAAAGAUGGAGAAGCUAAGAAGGAAUGCAUCCUUUAUCCAGGAAGACGAGAAUCCUGGUUUCGUGAUUCUGCUACAGAGAAUGAAUUCUUCAGUUUGGAUCUGUCAGAGGGCAAGAGCAAUGUCUUGCAACAGGAGCUGAAAUCUUGCAAGGAUCUUCAGGAACUGGAACCUGACAACAAGUGGUGCCUGCUGACUAUCAUUCUUCUCAUGCGAGCUCUGGAUCCUUUAGUCUAUGAAAAGGAAGCUCUUGGCUACUUUGAAACACUGAAGGUUGUUGAUCCUAUGCGUUCUGGUUAUUAUGAUGACCUGAGAAGCAAGUUCCAGAUGGAAAAUGCCAUACUGAAAAUGGAGUAUGCUGAGUCAUGCCUUAUCAAUCUCUCAAAGAAGGGGCUAACAAGAUUAUGCCAUUUAGAGCAUCUGGGACAAGUUACUCACAUGAAUCUCUCAGCUAAUCAGCUCUGUGCUCUUCCUAGCAACUUGUGUAUGUUACGACGACUUCAGGUGCUUGAAGUUGAUAAUAAUGAAGUUGUACGUCUGGAAGGUUUGUGGAACUUGCCUCAACUUGAGGAGUUAUCAUUGCAGUUUAACAAAAUACAGAAUGUGUCUGAUCUCCAACCACUUUCCAGCUGUCCUCGCCUUUCAGUCCUCCAUCUACAUGGCAACCCACUGUGUGAGAAGGCAGACGCACGGACUCAGCUGGAAUCUCUUCUCCCCCAUGUCAACACAAUCCAUUUGUCCCUUAUUUAAUUUAUGAAAUGCUAAGGAAACAUGUCAAAGUUCAAUAAAACCAUGAGAAGAGAA